CAAGCAAAAACCAAACCUUGAAAACCACCAACCAACCAAAAUGAAGUUCGCUGCUGCCAUCACUCUUUUCGCUGCUUCUGCCAGUGCUUUCAGCCCUUUUGGUGUUGCUUCCAAGAAGGCUGCCGCUGUGGCUGCACCUGCUUUCACUGUUGAAACUAUUCCUGGAGCUCUGGAGCCUGUUGGCAUCUGGGACCCUCUUGGUUUUGCGGCCAAGGCUGAUGAGAAGACCUUGAAGCGAUACCGUGAGGCUGAGCUUACACAUGGACGUGUUGCCAUGCUUGCUGCCAUUGGUUUCUUGGCUGGAGAAGCUGUUGAAGGAUCCUCCUUCUUGUGGGAUGCCAGUGUUACCGGUCCUGCCAUUUCCCACCUUGCUCAGGUCCCACCUCUUUUCUGGGCCUUGUUGGUUACCGGAAUUGGAGCUGCUGAACAAAAGCGUGCUGAGAUUGGAUGGGUUGAUCCUGCUGAUGUUCCAGUUGACCAACCAGGCCUUCUCCGUGCAGAUUACACCCCUGGUGACAUUGGAUUUGAUCCCCUUGGAUUGAAGCCAGAGGAUCCGGAAGAGCUUUUGGUUCUCCAGAACAAGGAACUCCAAAAUGGACGAUUGGCCAUGCUUGCUGCUGCAGGAUUCAUGGCUCAAGAAUUGGUGGAUGGAAAGGGAAUCAUUGAGCACUUGUUGAACUAAAUUGAUGCAACAAUCGCAUCAAGAACAAAUGACAAAGAUUGGUGUGGCAAUGAUCCUGGCAUUCAUGUAAAUAUGAGAAGGUUGUAUCAUGGCGCAGCCGAGCAGCGAGCCAAACCAAGAUUUGAUACUGUAAAUAAUCUAAAAGCGCAAUUGUAAAUACCUAUGAU